AUGAAGACGGACUCCUCCUGCUGCUGCCCAUCCUUCAUCCCCAGCAGGGAAAGCGCUCUGUUCUACCUGCUCUGGGUACUCAUUGCUCUUUACAUGCUGGCUGGUGCUGCCAUAUUUUCUUCCUUGGAGAGACCAGCGGAGCUACAGGCCCACCAGCUCUGGGAAAGGAGGCUAACAGACUUCAGUCAUGAGCAUAACAUUAGCUGUGAAGACCUGAAAUCUCUCUUGCGUCACUAUGAAGAGGCUAGGACUGCAGGCAUCCGGACAGAGCGAGGCAGGGCCCUAUGGGACAUCCCAGGUGCUUUCUAUUUUGUGGGAACUGUAGUUUCCACCAUUGGUUUUGGAGUUACGACCCCAUCCACUGCGAUGGGGAAGGUCUUGCUUGUCUUCUAUGGGUUGCUGGGCUGCUCGGCUACCGUACUGUUCUUCAAUCUCUUCCUGGAAAAAGUCAUAACGUUCCUGAGCCUCCCGAUAUUCAGGUGCCGCAGACGGAGAACUGGACACAGCGAUCUGGAGGGCAGAGAGAUUGAGGGUAACAGAAAUGAACAAUGGAAACCGUCUGUGCACCAAGUCACACUCAUCCUUUUGGUUGCUGUCCUGCUGGUUGCAUGUGGGGCUGCGUCCCUCUACUCAGCCAUGGAGGGCUGGACUUACUUGGAGUCGCUGUACUUCUGCUUUGUGGCAUUCAGCACAGUAGGCUUUGGGGACUUUGUUAGUAGCCAGAGAGAGCACCAUGAGGACACUUGGGUGUACCAGGUCACAAACUGCCUCCUAAUGCUCUUGGGGGUGUGCUGCACUUACUCCCUCUUUAACGCCAUGUCUGUGAUCAUCAAACAGGGACUGAACUGGAUGCUGAAGACGCUGGUCCGGAUGUAUAGGAGUGUCUGCCACUACAAACUACAACUCAGACCUCUGUUUAAACUCUGCUCUUCUGACUCUGAGCCACCUGUAUGUUAUUGUGAGGAAACCACUGGGUAUAAACAGCAGGUGCAAGUAGUUUCCAGUUCAGGCCACAGCAAGGUGUGGCACUCCAGUGUUCCAACUGCUGUCAGUAAAUGCCUUUGCGAUGAGGCUAAAGUGGAAACAGUGUGCAAAAGUCUGCAAAACAAGGAUAAGAAAGUCAUUUAUACGGAAAGAAAGUAA